ACAGUGACGUCAUUGUUAUUUAAUUGACUUUGUAAAAAUGGCGAAGAAAACAUACGAUCUUCUGUUCAAGUUACUUUUAAUUGGCGAUUCUGGUGUUGGAAAGACGUGUGUUCUAUUUAGAUUUUCAGAUGACGCUUUUACAACAACAUUUAUUUCCACCAUUGGUAUAGAUUUCAAGAUAAAAACGGUAGAGCUGAGAGGCAAGAAGAUUAAACUACAAAUAUGGGACACAGCUGGCCAGGAGAGAUUCCACACCAUCACAACAUCGUACUACAGAGGUGCAAUGGGCAUCAUGUUAGUAUAUGAUAUAACCAAUGAGAAGAGCUUUGAGAAUAUAGUCAAGUGGCUACGAAAUAUAGACGAACAUGCGAACGAAGAUGUGGAGAAGAUGAUUCUUGGCAAUAAAUGUGAUAUGGAAGAGAAGAGGUGUGUCAGCAAGGAUCGUGGAGAGGCGAUUGCCCGUGAACAUGGAAUCAGAUUUAUGGAGACUUCAGCCAAGGCGAAUAUCAACAUAGAAAAGGCAUUUAAUGAACUGGCAGAAGCUAUAUUGGACAAGACACAAGGAAGAGACCCCACGGAGCAACCAGAUAGAGUGUUGGUGGACCGAAGCCGGGUAGACCGAGGAGUGAACCGUUGCUGCUAGAUCAUUGCCACCGCCGCGUACAACGAACAUGACAUAUCUACGCUGUACCCGCGCAGUGUUCAUACAAACCGCUUAUACUCAAUAGGAAACAAACCGAUUUUCUAUGUAAUUUUUUGUGUGAUAAUCUAGCACGGUGUAAAUAUUACAGCUUCAAUACCGAUUCUAACGUUUUAAUCGCUACUAUCUAUGUGAGUCUGCGCCGCCUGACCGUUAUUGUUGCCAAAGAAAUCACGCAAUAGUGUUCAUGAGUGGUGUCGGAGGGAUAUUUACACAAGUUUUCUAAAGUUUAAUGUGAUAUUUGAACUGUAAUUCCGAGUUUCACCCUCGUCGUUUCCAUAAAUUAGUUACCAAGUGAGAAAAUUUGAAGUGAUUUGAGGCAAAGCGAUGUAUGUUUUACUUCCCUAAUCGCUUGUUUUUUAAUUCGAGUUCUGAAACAAACGGUUGCCUUAGUUUGCACGUUUUAUACUUAUUGUAAAUAAAUAUAUUGCUUAGAGAUUAUGUAACACCUAAUAGAACCAUACUCUUUUUAUGUUUAUAAAAAUAAUAUUUUAUCUUAACAUAGAUAUCUGAUCACUUUGAUCGUAGGAUGUUUUCAAAUUACAUUUGUGACUACAGAGUAAGAUUUUGUAACAUUUAUUAGUGAGAAAAACCAUCCAACAUUGUGAUUAUAAAUCAAAACAUAAAGAUGAAUUUUUAUUUGAUCAGCAUAGCAACAUGGCAGACCUUUAGAAGUUUCCAAGUGAGUGAACAUAUUGUUUUCUUUUGUCUGUUAAUUAAUUGGUCUUAAAAAUUAAAGCUUUUAUCCUGUACAAAAAUUGUAGUUUCAUAGGGCCACAUUUCAAUUCAGGCAAUCUUAUUCAUUCUAUUACAAACCCAAAAUAUAAAUUUUAACUGAUUACCUACUAAUAAAACCACUUAUGCAAUUACAGGUGUUUUAAGUUCUUGCAGGUGAUAUUUGAGGCACCCCAUGUAUUAAUCUUAGGGGAGUGAGUUAUUACUAUGAACAAUAUUAUUGUAUUUUACUGUAUUUACUCUUACAGUCCCUGAAAAAUUGUUCAAGAAUAGGGAAUAUUUAUUGUGCUGUGUUCAAAAAUAAUGUUUAGGGACCGUUUCCAAGUAUAAGUCCAUGUUAAAUUAAAUUGAAUUUAUGUGCUUUUGAAUUAAGUAUGGUUAAAUUUCUCAGACCCUUUUCAUCCGGUUUUGAUAUAGGCUAAUAGUUUCUAUUGUGCCUGAUAUUUCUUUUAUAAUUUGUUAAACUUAGCUGGGCAAUAAUUAAAUAUCAGUGUCUGAUUCUGCAAGACAAAGGUAUUCAGGUUGUGAGAAGUAUGAAAUCCUUUUAAUGAAUUAGUCUCUAAAAUGUUGUAUUUUUAUAUUGAAUUUUAAACUUUUAUAAUUGCUUUAUCUUGUAUUCAAAUCUUGUAAAGUUAAAACAUUUUUAAAGAAUGAUUUCAACAGUGGUUUUUAUGAGGUUUAAGAACAGUAAUGUAAAACUGAGAUGUUAUUCAGUUAAUUUUUUUUAGAUGUGGAAAAAGUGGACGAUGUUUCUUUAUUGAACUUUUAAUAUUUUUCAGUGUUGAAGUUAUGUGGAUGAUUCCGGGGCUUUCUAAUUAAUUGCAGAUAGACAAAUCUAGUCACUUUACUUUUUGUGUAUAGAUGUAUUAGGAGGAUUGGCGUUCUUUUUCAUUUCAAAUGGUUUAGAAUCUUUUUCUUAACAAGCCAUUCACAAACAUAAAUUUCAGAAACUAAAUAUAUGUACAGUUGACCACAGAAGGUCUAAAAGCCUUGUAUUGUCAAAUUUGCACAAAAGCUGAAUUUUGUUGUGUACAGUUAAUAUGUUGCUUUUACUGAAUUUCUUUUGGUAUUCUGUAUGCUAUACUUUAUUUCUUAAGUUAUUUACAGAUUUGAAUAUACAAUGAAUUGUAAAAUAUAUAUAUUCUUCAUUUAA